AUGCGCCAGUUUCUGUAUAAUUCCUUUAUCCUUGAACUAUUACUGCUGACAAGCUUGUUCGCGUCAUCAGGUCUGGCGAUGUCAAAGACGCGCGACAAAAAGAAAAAUAUUAAGGAGACGAAGGAGGUGAACAUCUGUGACAUUCUGGGCCAGCAGGCACCGAUCUAUUGCUACUGCAACGACGGCCUGCAUAAUUCCAGUGUCGUCAGUUGCUUGGUAUUGAGCAAGUUCGAACGGAGCGAUCCCAUGUGGAAUUAUUUUAAAUCGCAAACCCAGCUCGAAAAAUUGACGUUUACGGUGCGUCAGCUCGACAGCCUCGACUACGUACCUGAUCAUUUGUUGCAAAAUUUGAAGAAUUUGCGCAUAAUCGUAUUCCAGCAUGGAAAGUUUCAUAAGCUUGCCAGUUACACUUUUAGCAAUCUCAACAGCAUUGUCGAGAUCAAUCUCAGUGGCAACAUGAUUGUCGAAUUGAGCAAUUAUACCUUUGAAACUAUGCAAAAUCUCACUUUUAUAAAUCUCGACUAUAAUCGUAUCUUCGAGAUUAUUAGAGACACGUUUGUAAACUUGCCGAAUUUGCGCAAGCUGAACUUGAACCACAACAACAUUACCAUUGUUCAUGACAAGGCGUUUAAGCUCCUGGGCUCGUUGCAAGAGCUUGAAUUGAGCAACAACCAGAUCAGUGUUAUCACGCGCGAUAUGUUUUACGGUCUGCGCAAUCUAAAGCGUCUCAAUCUACGUGGCAAUAGGAUUAGCUUGCUUGGCGAACGUAGUUUCGUCGAGAUGUCGGAACUAGCCGAACUCGAGCUCGAUCAAAAUCAGAUCAUACUCAUACGUGAAAGAGCAUUUGACAACAUGCGCAAUCUCCAAAGGUUACAACUUAACGAUAAUCAGCUAACGUCGUUGCCACCGAAUUUCUUGGCUGGUGCACCUGGCAUUAACUUUUUGGAUCUGAGAGAUAAUUUUUUGAAGACCGUGACCUUUGACAAUGUUAAACCAAUUAUGACCAAUCUCUACGAAAUUAACGGCUACUUAUAUCUAAGCGAAAACAAUCUGAUGUGCGACUGCAAACUCACAUGGAUCUGGGGCUUGCGGAACGAGACGAAGAACACAAAACUGAGAGAUGCCCUAGAGGAGCUGACUUGCUUCCUUGAAAGCAAUAAUGCAACGCAGAAGAUCAACAGAGAAGACCUGGGGAGGAAUCAGCCGCCCGAGAUUUCCGACGAAUAUGUCGAUAAUAAUUCGAGAGAUUAUGAUAACGAGGAUGAUGAGGCUGAGAGCGGUGGUUAUUUCGAUGAACCUGAUGACGAUAAUUCAUCGAAUUUUCAUAGCAAGAACAAUCGUGAAGAUAGGAAGUGCUGUAUAAAGCAUCUAUUCGAUUUGAAGGUAGAAGAGUUGCCAUGCCCGCAGCGUGAGGAUUUGAUGGCCUCCGAACAGCCAUCCAGCCGCCAUGAAAACCCUCGCGUGGGCUCCAGCUGGUUCAGCUCUGGUUCGAUCUCGGUCCAGGCUGGUCAGUCCGUCCUCAUUGCCUCAUUGCUAUUGCUAGCUAUACUUUUUUUCACGUAG